CCGCGGCCGGGAAGGGGAAGAUGGCGGCUGCGGCGGCCGGGCGGCCGUGAGCGGCGCAGACAGGGACGCCCAUGGCGGCCGGGAGGCGCCCCAGGGCAGCCGCGGGCCGUUGAGGGAGGCAUGUCGGAGCACGCGGCGGCCGGGACGCCGGGGCCUGCGGGGCCCAACGGUGGCGGCCCUGGCCCCGCGCGCGGCCCGCGCACCCCCAACCUCAACCCCAACCCCCUCAUCAAUGUGCGCGACCGGCUCUUCCACGCGCUCUUCUUCAAGAUGGCUGUGACCUACUCGCGCCUCUUCCCGCCCGCCUUCCGCCGGCUCUUCGAGUUCUUCGUGCUGCUCAAGGCGCUGUUCGUGCUCUUCGUGCUGGCCUACAUCCACAUCGUCUUCUCACGCUCGCCCAUCAGCUGCCUGGAGCACGUGCGUGACCGCUGGCCGCGGGAGGGCGUCCUGCGCGUGGAAGUGCAGCACAACUCGAGCCGUGCGCCCGUCUUCCUGCAGUUCUGCGAUGGUGCCGGGGGCCGCGGGAGCUUCCCUGGCCUGCCCGGGGCGCCCGAUGAGGAGGAGGAGGAGGAGGAAGAGCUGACCCUAGAGAUGUUUGCCAACAGCUCCGUCAAGUUUGAACUGGACAUCGAACCCAAAGGGUUCCAGCUGCCCAGCAGCACCGAGGCGCUCAACGACAGCCACGAGUUCCCCUUCUCGGAGACGCCCGGCAAAGGGUGGCCGCAGGAAGAGUACAUUGUGGAGUACUCGCUGGAGUAUGGCUUCCUGCGCUUGUCACAGGCCACACGUCAGCGCCUCAGCAUCCCGGUCAUGGUGGUCACCCUGGACCCCACGCGGGACCAGUGCUUCGGGGACCGCUUCAGCCGCCUGCUGCUGGACGAGUUCCUGGGCUACGACGACAUCCUCAUGUCCAGCGUGAAGGGCCUGGCGGAGGACGAGGAGAACAAGGGCUUCCUGCGCAACGUGGUGUCGGGUGAGCACUACCGCUUCGUGAGCAUGUGGAUGGCACGCACGUCCUACCUGGCUGCCUUCGUCAUCAUGGUCAUCUUUACCCUGAGCGUGUCCAUGCUGCUGCGCUACUCGCACCACCAGAUCUUUGUGUUCAUCGUGGACCUGCUGCAGAUGCUGGAGAUGAACAUGGCCAUCGCCUUCCCGGCGGCACCUCUGCUCACGGUCAUCCUGGCCCUCGUGGGGAUGGAGGCCAUCAUGUCCGAGUUCUUCAACGACACCACCACGGCCUUCUACAUCAUCCUCAUCGUGUGGCUGGCCGACCAGUACGACGCCAUCUGCUGCCACACCAGCACCAGCAAGCGGCACUGGCUGCGGUUCUUCUAUCUGUACCACUUCGCGUUCUACGCCUACCACUACCGCUUCAACGGGCAGUACAGCAGCCUGGCCCUGGUCACCUCCUGGCUCUUCAUCCAGCAUUCCAUGAUCUACUUCUUCCACCACUACGAGCUGCCCGCCAUCCUGCAGCAGGUGCGCAUCCAGGAGACGCUGCUGCGGAGCCCGCCCCUGGGCCCCGGGGCGCCCUCGGCGCUGCCCGACGACCUCAACAACAACCUGGGCGGCCCCGCCGACGGCCCCGACCCCGGCCAGCCCCUGGCGCUGGGCCCCGGCUCCUCUGCCGCUGGCGGGGGCUCCGGGCCCGUGGCCUCCGCGCCCAGCUCCCUGGGGGCCGUGGCCGCCUCGGUGGCCGCCGCCGCCGGGGGUGACCUGGGUUGGAUGGCUGAGACGGCCGCCAUCAUCACGGACGCCUCGUUCCUCUCGGGCCUGAGCGCCUCUCUGCUGGAGCGGCGGCCCCCCGACAUCCCCAGCGCCCCCCAGGACAGCGUCUCCCAGAGCGACGCCGCCCCGGACCCGGCCCCCACGGUGGACACGGGGGACGGCAACAGCGCUGCCCCCGCAGCCUCGGUGGACGCACCCUCCCAGGCCGGGUCCUGAGCCCUGGGGCCCACCCACUGGCCUCACUGGAGCUCGUGGGGGCGGCCACGGCGGGCCCCCCGCCUCUGCCUGCCGGCCUGCUGCGGCUGGCUUGGGGCCCCCGGUCCCUGCUGAGAGGCGAGUCUGUGGUCUUGGAGAUGGGGGGCAGGGCUAGGUGAAGUCUGGAGUCUCCGAGGGCCCAUGGGGGUCCCCGGGGCGGCCCUGGGCAGUGACCGCGCAUGCGUGCGUGCAGGAGAGGCCUGGGUGGGUGGGCGGGCGGCCCCGCAGCGCUGGCCGGGGUGGGCUCGGCCCUGGCGCUGCCCGGUGCUCCCUCUGCAGUGCCUUGAACACGCCCGGCCCCGCCGCGCACCAGGCCUGGGGCUCCCCGAAAGGGCAGCGCCCUGUCUGGGAGCAGCAGGGGUGCAGGUGCCAACAGCAGGAGCGGCGGCCGGCGCCGGGGUCCAGCCCUGCUCAGGGCGGGCGGUGAGCCGAUCAGUCGGUGAGGAAUGCGGGCGGGCGAGUGCUCAUUCCACUCUAUUUAAUUGCAGUGUACAAGAUUGUGUUUGUAUAUAGAAUAAACUUCCUGGACAACCGCCA